CUUUAUUUGGCGGCACUGAUGACGUUGAGUGCCAGUUCCAUAAUUCUAACGGUGACCAUUCUUCAAAUGCAUCACCACGAUGCGAUUUACCCUGUGCCGAGAUGGCUAAGAUAUUUCGCAUUCGAGAUAGUCCUAAAAGUAGUCUGUUUGCAACGUUACAAGAUAUUUUCAUUGGACGAAUAUCGUAGAGUUUCAAGUAAUUCAGAAAACAAUGUGUCACCAAGAUUGGACUUUGGUGAAAGUAAAGAUGCCAGAUGUAAUAGACAUAAGGAAACAAGCAGUACAAAAGAUGCGGGAAAAGAUGACACCGUGAUCCAAAUGUCCGAUGAUCCUGCAAUUAUAGAUGGCAGUGCAAUCGACUGUAAUGAAACAAGGAGGAAAGAGGAAUGGCAAAAGGUUGCACAGAUCCUAGAUAGAUUCCUACUAAUUGUGUAUCUUGUUAUAUUGUUAAUAUUUUGUGUAUUUUUGUUUGUGCUACCUGUGAUAGCAGAUGUAAGACAACAAAAAUAUCAGAACGUUUAAAAUUGUUUAAAUGUACAAUAUGACGCAAAAUUACUUAUAUUGCAAAAAUCUUUCUAAUGUUUUAAAUACGUAAAUAAAUGAAUAAAUAUUAUCAAUAAAUAAUAUGCAAAAAGGAACUACGAAGAUUAGGAAACUUGUAAAUUAAUUUUUACGCAAAAUGUUAUCCUGAAGAAUUUGGUAAUUGAGAAAAAUGCUAUUUUUGAUUGAUCAUAUAAACAUAUUUCAAAACAUUCAAAACUUAUUCCAAAACAUUGCGU